AUGUUCAUUGCUCGUCUUGCAGUUGUUGCUGUUUCCUUCAGCUCCGCACUCGCCUUUGCCGUUGAAGAACGUGCACCGACUGUAGAUCCAGCACUUGAACCUCUGGGAAAUGUUCCGAGUGCAUGCACAUCUCAAUGCGCCAUUCUCCAGACACUCGCAGCCAUUGACCCCUCGAAUCUUUCGACACUCUCUCCAGCGUGCACCUCGCAGGCCCAGUCUGAUUUCUUAAAGUGCAUAACCUGCUUUGAGGCAAAUUCACCAUCCACGUUCACGCCUGAACUCCUUACCGCCAUGCAAACCAGCGCCGAUAACUUGAACACGGGAUGCUUGCUCGUCGGGAGCCCCGUAUCAUCACUGGCCAUUCCAACCCCUACCGGAGGAGCAGCGAGUGGCAACUCAGCUGCGACUGGUUCAAAUGCCGCGACCACUUCCCCUGCCUCGUCUGGAUCGUCUGGAUCAACUCCAAAUGGCGCACAAACUAUCGGUGCAACUUGGGGUGCCGCAGUCGGACUUGUCGCUGCUGUCGUCGGAUCGUGGCUCUUGUAA